CCAAAAUGAAUUCAUCUUUUGUAUUAUGUUUGUUGGGAUUAAUAGUCACUGUGAGUGGUCACGUUGCACAUGCCCAAGACUCACCAAGUGAUUAUGUGAAUUCCCACAAUGAAGCAAGAUCAAAGAUUUUUACUUUCAAAAUUCCACAUGUUGUUUGGGACAAGAAAAUUGCUACUUUUGCACAAAACUAUGCAAAUCAACGCAAGGAUUGUAAACUGAUCCCCUCCGGCAGCCAUUACGGAGAAAAUCUCGCGGUGAGUGCCGGCAACAUGAGUGGCAAAGAUGCAGUGAAAUUAUGGGUGGAUGAAGAACCUCACUAUAAUCACUAUCUUAACGAAUGUGAUGGUGGUGAAUGUCUUCAUUAUACUCAGGUAAUUUGGCAAGAUUCAAGACGUAUUGGAUGUGGCAAAGUUAGAUGUGAUAAUGGAGGAACAUUCAUUACUUGCAACUAUGACCCUCGUGGCAACAUUCCUGGCCAAACACCAUUCUAAUUAAUGCUUUAUUGUUCUUAAUGUUUUUCAAUUUUACAAUAAGGUUUAUGUGAUCGAGUUCAU